UAGCUGCCAUAGCACAAAAGCAUUCCUUUUCCUUAUCCUUUCCUUUUUCUUCUUCCCGAGAAAGUAAUCAAGAUGGUGCUGAAGCAGCUGUUCCUUGUUAUACUGUUAGCCGCAGCAGCAGCCAUGGCAGCAGCUCAUGAAGCUCUAUCCCUUGAUGGCUGUCCCGACAAGUGCGGAGCUGUGGACAUUCCAUAUCCGUUUGGUGUCGGGGUACAACCUGGUACUUCUCGAAACUGUUUCUUGGAUCUGUCAUUCAAUCUCACUUGCGACAACUCCACAUCCACGUUAUACUUCGGAAACUACCCAGUUUCUAGCAUAUCCCUCCAAGAAGGUCAAAUGGACAUUUUGACGCCUGUCUCCAAGCAGUGUUACCGAGAUUACAAUGAUUCCUAUACUAAUCUUUACACCAAAGAUUUCACCAUUUCCAGCACCCGAAACAAGUUCGUAACUGUUGGCUGCGACGCUUUGAGCUUCAUUGAAUUCACCAAGAACAACUUCACUUAUGCCAGCGGGUGUGUGUCGUUAUGUGACGAACAACCUCAUCAAAACAAGACUACGAUGGAACUUGUCCGGGAUUGGGUGUUGCCAAUUGAAUAUUCCUGUGGGAUUCAAUAG